CAAGUUUAAAAGAGAAAAAAACAUUGUUCUUAAGAUUAUGGGAAUGGCACUUGCUGAACUAGUUUCAGGCCUGGGAGGACUGCUCUUCCUAUGGAGCGCAGUUCAACAAUUCUUGCCGGAAAAUUUCCAAUACCACAUCCAGAAAUGGUUUUCCAGGCUUCCCAAUUACUUCAUUCAGCAUAUGCACAUUACUUUUGAAGAAUACAACAACAACAAUGGCCGGACCAAUGAAGCCUACACUUGCAUCAAGAAUUACCUGGGUGCUAAAUCCAUCAAGAAGGCUGCUUAUCUCAAAGCAGACAAAUCCCGGAACAGCAAAUCUCUGCAGUUCACCUUGGACGAAGGCGACGAGGUCAUUGAUGAGUUCCAGAAUGUCAAGAUCAAAUGGGUUGCUUACCAGGAAACCGUCAAGGAAAGUGGCCAUGGUUCCGGCAGGAAUAGUAUGCCAUUUGAGAAGCGGAGUUUUGUUCUUAAAGCGCAUUCGAGAUAUCGAGAUCUCGUCAUGGAAGAUUAUUUGAAUCAUGUCAUGAAAGAAGGGAAAUCAAUUCAGUUUCAAAACAGGAAGAGGAGGCUUUACACCAACAACAAAGACGAGGAUUGUUACUGGAAAGGGGGAAGGUGGAGUUACAUUAAUUUCCAGCAUCCUGCGAGUUUCGAUACCCUCGGGAUGGAUCCCUUGAAGAAGGAAGAAAUUCUUGAUGAUCUUGAUUCUUUUAAGACAGGGAAAGAUUAUUAUAAGAAGAUCGGGAAGGCUUGGAAGAGAGGGUAUCUGCUUUAUGGUCCUCCAGGAAGUGGAAAAUCAACCAUGAUCGCAGCAAUAGCUAAGUAUUUAGAUUAUGACAUUUAUGAUCUUGAACUCACCUCUGUUAGGGAAAAUGCAGAGUUGAAGCAGCUUUUGAUUGAAACGAGCAACAAAUCGAUGAUAGUUAUUGAAGAUAUAGAUUGCUCACUUGAUCUCACCGGAGCAAGAAAGAAUGACAAAAAGGAAUCAGGAGAUGAAAAAGAUGGCGAAGACAAUAAUAAGAAGCAGAGUUCUGAAACAGAGGAGGAUAAAAACAGGAGUAAAGUGACUCUAUCUGGGCUGCUGAAUUUCAUUGAUGGGAUAUGGUCAGCUUGUGGGGAAGAAAGGGUCAUCGUAUUCACAACAAAUCAGGUCGAAAAACUCGAUCCGGCAUUGAUUCGUCGAGGACGGAUGGACAUGCAUAUUGAGAUGUCUUACUGCAAAUUUGAGGCAUUCAAGAUAUUGGCUAAGAACUAUUUGGACAUUGACUCGCACCCUUUGUUUGGAGAAAUCAGACAAUUGUUAGAGGAAAACGAGGUUAGUGCUUGUGAUGUUGCAGAGAAUUUGAUGCCAAGAAGGAAAUGGAGGGAUGAUCAUGUGGAGAUUUGUUUACUCAAACUGAUUGAAGCUAUCAAAAACCAACAACAUAAGAAAGGAAAAAAGGAACAAAAAGAGGAGGAAGUGCAGGAACAAGAAAGGUCAACCAAGUUUGAGUGAUUGUUGUGACUGUAAUACUUAUUAAUAAUCAGUCUUGCAUGUUUGGUUAUCAAUGUAGAAAUUGGAGCUGAUAACGAGCUCAUUUUAUUAUCUUUCAUGGGUGCGACAAAAUUAGCACUCUCUUAUUACAUUUUUAAUUUUUUGAUCGAAAAUUUAUUGAGAAUUUUCACUAGGUAUAGCAUCGUUGUUUUGUUUUGUUUUUUUUGAAAAAAACAUUUGCCUGUAAGAAAUUAAAAUCAGGAAUCGAAUCCUAGCAUCUC